AUUGUUCUCUCUUUCUGCUUUAUUUUUUUUUCUUCUUCUUCUUCUUCUCUUUUCUUACCCAAAACUUGUCAAAUCCCUUUGUCUACCAUCUCAUUUCAAGGUUACCCUAUGAUUUGACUGUGCCGGCAGAAAGGGAGGUUCUUAUCAAAGGAUACCAAGGGGGGCCUUCUUUGUUUUUUUGGUCAGCAAGUUUCAAAGAAGGCUCUUCUUCUUCGCUUUUAUGUUUUUCUUAAAAAACUUGUUACAAGUUAUAGGAGGAACAAGAAAAAGGAUAAAAUGAUGAGGUGUUGGACAUUGGUGGUUCAAUUGAUAGAGCUAUUUGUGAGCGCUUUUGUGCAUAUGCUCUAUGGUUUCUACAUAUUCAGCUCUGCAGUUGCUGGGGACCUCUCUCAAGGAUUGAGUGAUUGGUAUUUCAAGCCCAACAUGGACCUUAUUGUUAAGGAACCACAACAACAAGAAUCAACAACCGUGACAAGUUCUGCUAGCACUAGACUCGAUGAACUUCCCCCAAUCGUCUUGAUCCAUGGAAUUUUUGGAUUCGGUAAAGGAAGAUUGGGAGGUUUAUCGUAUUUUGCUGGGGCAGAAAAUAAAGAUGAGAGGGUUCUUGUUCCUGAUUUGGGUUCCCUUACAAGCAUUUAUGAUAGGGCAAGAGAGUUAUUUUAUUAUCUGAAAGGAGGGAAGGUUGAUUAUGGUGAAGAACAUAGCAAAGCUUGUGGACAUUCCCAAUUCGGAAGAACGUAUGAACGAGGAAAUUGCCCUAAAUGGGGUGAAGAUCACCCCAUUCACUUUGUUGGCCAUUCUGCUGGAGCACAGGUUGUUCGAGUUUUGCAACAAAUGCUUGCGGACAAGGCCUUCAAUGGUUACGAGAGAACUUCUGAGAACUGGGUCUUGAGCAUUACAUCCUUAUCAGGAGCCUUUAAUGGAACUACAAGAACAUACUUGGAUGGGAUGUAUCCUGAAGAUGGAAAGAGCUUGAAAUCAAUAUGUUUGCUUCAAAUAUGUCGUCUUGGCGUCGAUUGUCUAUGAUUGGCUUGACAUACCUUGGUUGAAGGCUUACUAUAAUUUUGGGUUUGAUCACUUCAACAUGACUUGGAAGAAAAAGAGCAUUUCAGGUUUGGUGGAUUGCCUACUAGGUAACUCUGGCCCAUUUACUUCAGGAGAUUGGAUACUUCCCGACCUUACAAUCCAAGGCAUCCUUGGCAUCCAUCCCAUGCUUUUCAUCAGAGUUCUUCAGAUGAGCCAGUGGCGCCAUCCUUCUGACGUUGCUCCUCCUUACAAAGGAUAUAGAGAUGAGGAUUGGCAGGAUAAUGAUGGGGCCCUCAACACCAUAUCCAUGACACACCCUCGAUUCCCGAUUGAGCACCCAAGUCAUUUUAUCCAAGAUGAUUCCGAGUGUGAAAUCCUUGCAACCGGGAAUCUGGUACUACAAGAUUAUUGAGGGAGAUCACAUAUUGUUCAUAGUCAACAGAGAGAGGGCAGGAGUCCAAUUUGAUUUGAUAUACGACAACAUUUUUGAACGGUGUAGAAAACAUGUAUUCAAAAAGAAUCCACAAAUGUUGCCAAAUGAAGCACAACAAGUGACCAGAGAACACCACGCCCCUCUUCAAUUUCUUUUAGUUAUUGCUUACCGUCCAUACUCGCCAAAAUAUAUACAGAGGAGAGAGCUAAGUUAGAAAACAAAGAUCAUCACUAUAGAAAAAAAAUAUAGUUUUGUAUGAUUAUUGUAAUGUUGCUAUACGUCUUUGGCAUUUUGCCUCUCAUCAACUUCCUCCAAUGUAAAAAUUAUAUUUUAAAGGAGUUUACAAUCUUCAAUCAUGCAUG